AUGGGCCCCACCGGCAGUCGAGAGAGCCAAUUUGAGGAGCAAAUCGGCGAUGAUGAUGGCCUACAUAUUAAUCCACGAACUACCUCGAAUCAUGCGACGGAAAGCGAAUACUCAGUAGAAGAGCAAGCCAAAUUGACUGGAGAUGGAGGAGCUGAUGAGACAUCGCCUGAGGAUGAUGUUUCGUUAUGCGAAUAUCACGACAUACCGCCGCCACCGGACGGUGGCUACGGAUGGGUCGUGGUAUUUGCAUCAUUUAUGUGCAACAUGAUAGUGGACGGAAUUGCAUACACAUUCGGCAAAUUUCACGAACCGUUCGCUAAGCAUUUUAAUGAGUCUCAGGCCACAACCGCAUGGGUUGGAUCUCUUUUAUCUGGCGUGUACCUCAGCGCAGGACCUAUUGUCAGCGCUUUAACAAAUAAGUAUGGAUGUCGGAAUGUGUGUAUAGCAGGCAGUUUUAUUGGUGCUGCUGCAUUUGUCCUGUCGACAUUUUCAGGCUCCGUAAAUAUGCUUAUAUUGACUUAUGGAGUAAUGGGAGGUAUUGGUUUUGGUCUUAUUUAUUUACCAGCUGUAGUAUGCGUAGGAUAUUAUUUCGAAACUAAGAGAUCAUUAGCCACGGGGAUUGCUGUUUGCGGUUCAGGAUUCGGAACUGUCUUUUUUCCGUCCCUCGCCGAAGUUUUGCUACAAGAGUACAAGUGGCAAGGAGCUAACUUGAUUUUAGCUGGCCUUAUUCUUAACUGCGUGGUCUUCGGAGCAAUGAUGAGACCUCUAGAAUAUUCAAAAACUUCGUCCGUUAAACCUUUGCUCCAGAGGAUGGCAGAAGAAAAAAGGUUUCAAAUGGAACGAGGAAGCAUCGGAGGGUCUUACUUUAUGGUGCAACUUCCGGACGGAUCGAUGGAAAAAAGAAUGAAAAUGCCAAUUAACGUCGACCCUGGCGUACACUCCAGUUUCAACUUAGACCAAUUAGUGCCUGGAACUCCGCUGACUCCAGUACCGACUGUGCCGACCCUUCCUACAAUCUCGGAAGCGAAAGUGCAGGAGCUUUCUUCGAGCGGGGCAACGAGCAACAGUGGAAGUCUGGAUUUGAAGAAUUCGUCUACCAAAUCAAAAAGCAAGAAAGCCAUCGAUGAUACCAAAGAGACGAAGGACGUCCUCGACAAACCUGACGAAUUCAACAAGUCAUCCAUCCCUAGAAAUGCUUCCCAACCGGCUUUCACAACUCACGUCCAGGGUUUACCGAAAAAUGGAUCUGUACCCUUUUUCGACCGAAUUCGCAAAACUAGCACCGGAGAAAGAUACAAGCCGAGCCUGAGUGCAAUCAAGAAUUCGAGAUCUACUUUGAAUUCGAAUGGCGAUAUCAGGAAAAGUUUACAUCUCAAGCUAUCCGUGAGCAGCAUGCUUGGAUCUCGAAACAACAACGCCGAACUAGAUGAUGGAGAGAGUAUAACCUUCACAACAAGUAAAUCGAGUUUGAGACAAGGAAUGCCGAAAGAGAAGCCUAUGAUAAUUCGUCCCCUGUCCCGAAAAGAUAUUUUUUAUAGUGGUAGUGUAGUUAAUUUACCGGAGUAUCAGAGUCAGAAGUCCCUCACCAAUUAUCGGCAGAGCGUUAUCUCACUUCAAAAAUCAGUUAGAGGAGAUGUCAGGGAUGGAGAUUAUGAAAAAGGUCCACAACAGCCUCUGUGCCCUUGUCUCAUUCUGCCAGAUUCAUUCAAAGAAGCUUUGGGAACGAUGCUGGAUAUGAGUUUGCUGAGAAAUCCUGUCUUUGUCAUGAUUGGGAUUAGCAACAUUUUCGGAAUGGCCGCAACUUAUAUUCCGUUUGUGUACCUUCCCCGAGCUGCUGUAAAGGAUGGAAUUGCAGAAAAGCCGGCGACAUUUCUGCUCUCUGUUAUCGGAAUCACGAAUAUUGUUGGACGUAUUGCCUGCGGAUACAUCGCAGAUUUUCCUCGAGUAAAUUCUCUGCUAUUGAAUAAUCUCUGCUUGAUAGUAUGUUCAAUUUCGCUGGCCGCGACACCCUUGUGUCACUCGUAUGCAACGUAUGUAGCAGCAAGCGUCUUUUUUGGACUCGCGAUAUCGGGUUAUAUUUCACUGACUUCGAUUAUUUUAGUGGAUCUUUUAGGUUUAGAUAAGUUGACCAAUGCUUUUGGUUUGCUGAUCUUGUUUAGAGGAGCAGCCGCGAUGGUGGGACCGCCUAUCGCCGGAGCCAUUAUUGAUGCAACUAAUAGUUAUACAAUAACAUUUUACAUGGCAGGAUUUUUGUUUCUUCUUAGUACUAUUACGAGUUUUAUGGCUCCUAUGAUGAAAAGCUGUACCACGCCACAGACACAGCCAGUGGUACUGGAUCAAUUAACACCAAUCGACGAGGACGUCGAGGAAGAAAAUGAGGACGAUAUUCCCGAGAUAGUCGAAACCGCGCCCUCGCCGGUGGAGCCACAAGAAAAAGAGAUCAAGCAGAUUGAAUCUGUUUUGUAAUUACUAUACUCAAAAAGCUUCUGCUUCUUUUUUGGCUAAAGAAUCGCCUUUACUCCGAGCCAUUCUGUGAUAAGGCUGUUACUUGGAGAAGGCUGACUAAAGGUAUUUGAGUUAACGUACUUUAAAUACCUUUGAAAACGGACAAAGCACAAAUUAACAAAAAAAAAAAAAAAAAAAAAAAAAAAAAAAAAAAAAAAAAAAAAAGAAAAAGGAAGGAAAGAAAGAAACCCAGUGGAAUUCUCAAAAAUGCGCGAGGGGAAAGCGCCAAAAUUAAAAAUGACCGACUGCAAUCGACCAAAGCCUGAACGAGAAACUCCACCGGGUGAAAAGAACUGUUUCCUUUAGUUCGCAAUCGGCGCCUGUCGAUCUUCUAGAUUCUUUAAGUAACUUAAUCAGUAUCGAACGUCAGUAUGAAAAUUUGAAGGAUAUCGUGAAACAGAAAAGCGCUUUCGCACGUGCAUAUCGGUUAAGAAUUGAAUUUGAGGUUUCGUCCCACUUGGACUUUUUAUCCCCUAGGCUUGAAUUAUUCGCGGCAAACUAUUGUACAUAAGAUCGAUGCACGAUAGAUGGAUGAGUGAGUGCUGAUGAUUAAUUAAUUAAUCAAUGAAAAUUAAUUAAUUAAAUGAACACGACGCUGCCGCGGAACGAACCUCCUGUAAAUAUUACAAAGAGACUUGUAAUGUGAUAACAGCAAAAUUUGCGAAUUUAGUAUGUCAUAAUGACGAUUGCCGAGUCGACUUUUUAUGUUAAUGAGGAAGAAAUUUGGUCCAUCGAAAAUUUGCGAUCUCGAAAAACGGAUCUCGUGAAAUUGAUAGGCCAAUUUUCCAAGUGUUCGGAAUUCCGAUUAACGGCUAGUUUGUGUUGAUUAGUGACUCGAUUUCUCGAGAGGAAAUCAUCGCCACAAGGUCUCUUAACUUUUCAAUUAAUUAACACAAACUAAUAAAGCGUGUAAUAUUUUGUUAUGCUAAACGAGGCACAGUAAAUAACGACGUGCACCGCAUCGUCUGUCUAAUAAAAUCGCUGUUUAACUAAUUCUGUGACUUAAGCAAAUAGCGAUGAAUUAUUAUUGAUAUUAUGUGAUUUAUAAUAUAUAUAUAAAUAUAUAAAUAUAUGUAUACAAAUAAACAAUGUAUAUAAGUCUGCUAUACAACUUGGAUGAGAAGAGGGAAAUUAUUAUUGUAAAUCUUGUUAAUCGCUAAACGAAAAUCGUUGAGCAAUGUACUUAGUGUAUAUGGCAAGGCAAUUCUUAUAUUUUCUGACUUCUUGCUGGAAAAGGGUUCGAAUUUUAAAUUGAAAAAUAUUAUUUCUGUGAGUGAUCCGUUACCAUCGAGUCGAAAAGAGACGAGAAAUUGGGGACUGGAUGCAGAAUUUUAAUGAAGCUUUAAUUAAGGGUUUUAAAGCGACUUGUCAACUCUGUUGUUUCUCGAUUUUAUAUUUUAUCACGAUUAUCGCUGCGAUUAGUGGAAUCACCGAAUUAUGUAACGAAUUUCGUUUGUCUUUGAUGUACAUUGUACAAAAUAUAGCACGGAAUUGGCGUGCGAGCUGAGAGAAGAUAAAUGUAAUGUAAGCGUGCGAUUUAAUGUAAUCUGGUUGAGUUUACUCGCGCGCAAGUACACGCGCAACCGGUAUCGAAUCUAUUAACUUAAGUUAGAAAUAAUUGAAGCGCGUGCUUGAACGUACUGCUCCUAACUGCGCACGUAGUACAUGGUUAGCUAAGCGUUAUGUUAAUGUGAAUGAAAACAAACGAGUCUUUAUUAUUCACGUGUACGUUCGCUAGGAUGUAUUAUAAAUAAAAGUGUGUGUACACAUACGUGCAUACUGUAUAAGCGCGACGCACGCCCUAUCUCGUGCACAUGUUGAUAAUGAUAUAUACGAUAUGGUACAAAAAGGACUAAAAUGUAUUAAGUACAUCAAAAUUAAAAAUGAAAAGAAUUUUUAUUAUUGAAA